CGGCAGAAAGCGCACAGCGGGGGGAGUAUAAGAUCCGGGGAAGCGAAGCUUUGCUCUUUAUUGCCCCGUCGCAGCCUGUCGGUGUGGGCUUUUUUUCCCCUUGACUGAAGAGGUGAAAGAGGCGAAAACACAAAAUGGGAGUGGAAGGUGGGAUGAAAUGUAUUAAAUACCUGGUAUUUUUCUUCAACUUUGUAUUCUGGCUCUGCGGAAUUGCCCUGAUUGCUCUGGGGGUUUUCGUACAAAUUGAGCUCAGAAAUACACUGGUGAUGACCGGUCCAGCCUCAGCUUCUGCUGCUCCUAUUGUCAUCCUGGCUGUGGGCGUUAUAGUGUUCUUCAUCUCCUUCUUUGGUUGCUGUGGGGCAGUGAAAGAGAACUACUGCAUGGUGACCACGUUUGCUGUCCUGUUGACUCUGAUCUUCCUGGUGGAGAUUGCAGCUGCCAUUGCAGGCUAUAUCUUUAAGGACAAGAUCCAAACAGUGAUUAAAAACGAAGUCCAGGAAGAAAUGAAUUACUACAACAAUACUUCAGGCGUUGAUCCCUUGGAUCAAUUGCAGAAGAAAUACCACUGCUGUGGAAUCUCUCAUUACACUGACUGGUUUAAUGUCACACAUUUUAAGGCCAAACAUGUGCCUGCCUCCUGCUGCAAGAACGGCACUGCGUGUACCAACCAUCCGACCCCUGAGAAUGUUUACGAGGAGGGCUGUGUGACAAAGAUAGAAGCUUGGCUACGGAAGCACAUUGUGAUUGUGGCUGCCGUUGCGUUGGGCAUUGCCUUCUUUGAGAUCUUGGGCAUCAUUUUUGCCUGCUGCCUCAUGAAAGGAAUCCGCAGUGGCUAUGAGGUCAUGUAAUGGUUUCUGUUCCGGUACAUCUGGCUGCUACGAGGCCAAUCACAAAAUUCUGGAAUAUUUCAGUCUCCUUUUCUGUGGAUGCAGUUGACCAUCACGUGCCAAUGGGAGAGGGCUGGGUGGAUAACUCUUUUUCUGUUGCCUGUUAUGAAAAUAUACACUCCCCUCAAAGCACAUGUUGCCUUAUCUCUUUUCCUUCCCUCCCAUAAUGUGCAAGUUUGGAUCAAUUCCUUGCAUCUCACUGCCACCCCUAGAACUUGCAUUACCCUUCAUGUUAGACUUGCGUGCCACCUAGUGGGCAUCUACUGAUAUGCAAAAGAUGUUCCUAAUGUCCUUCAUAGGUGUGAGCAAGCAUCUUUCAAAUUCUCACUUAAAGACAUCUAUUGUGCCUUUUGAGUCCUUUCAAGUAGACUGUCUUGUAUGUUCAGCUAUUCCUCUGUUCCUUUGGAAAGGUAGGCUCUUGAAUCUUUAUAGGUCAUAAUAAGAAGGAAAAUUGCCAGGGUUAAUAUUUUUAGCCAGUAAAUCACUAUUUGGAAAAUAAAAGACAUUGUUUCA